GAGCGCAGCCUCGGUCAAUCCCUCCCUCCCCCGCGCCGCUCGCGCGUCUUCGUGCCCGCCAGCCACGCCGGCGAAACCCGCCGCGCUGCGCGAGCCACUUAUUCCCCUCCUCUCCUCCCUCUUCUUCUGUUCCUCUCCUGUCGGGGAAAAAGGGGCAGCGCCCUGGUUGGCUACUCCGGCCACGGGCGCCGGCGGCGAGGGCCACCGCGCCGCGCCGCGCUGUGCUCUCCUUUUCCCUUCCCCUUCUCUCACCCAUCCACCACAACCUCCUUCGUGCAGAGAUAGAGAGACGCGAGAGGCCCGGCGCCAUCAGACGCAGCGCCCCCGCUGAUCCCUUUGCCGGCGUGCGUGAGCACCACGAGGGUGAACGCGCCACCGUCAAACGGCUUCGUGGUGAUGCCCUUUGCCCCGUCUGGGGUAGUUCUUCGUCCCCGCACCUCGGCUUGCCGAUGCAUGUGGGGAUCGAGAGGAAUAGGCGCGGCCUUGCGGCGACGCACUUUGCCGGCGAGGCCCGAGGCCCUUCUCCGGUGAAACUUUGCCCUAUCUAGGGUUCUUGGGGGAGGGAUUUCUUUAUGUGAUUUCGUUUCAACCGAAAAAGUCUAACCCGAUUUGGCUGAUACCAUUGAUAGAUUGCUUUGGAUCAGAUAGGUUAGAUUCUCCGAUAGACCUACCUUCUGCAUGUCCAGACGAGCUCGAUCCAACGCCGACCAUGUUGAUGUGGUGACGGCGGUGUCGUGGACAGAGAGUGGAUGACAACGGUGGUGGAGCUUCCCGUGAGCACCGCGCUAACCCUAGAUCGGUAGGGAAUAUCGGUGGGGUUUGUGGCAGCGGUGAACCUCGUGACUCGUGCCCUGGACCCCACCUCUGUUAAUAUAGCGCGGGUCACAGGGGGCCACCAACCAUGGUUUGGUUGGGCGCCCCCGAUCAGGACGCGAUGCAAGGGUCCGUUCGACCCGUUGGGUUCGAACGGGGAAGAAAUCAACCUAACAACUUCAUCAUAAGGCGGCGAGUACAUGUCUGCAUAUCUGCAUGUCGCAAGCCAAUUGGGAAAGAUGGCCUCAGAAUGUUUAUCAGUUUGUGAAGAACCAGGAGUCGAACCUGUUUGGAUCAUCACAGGUAGUUCAAUCCUGAGAUCGGUAUCUUCUGCAACAAAGACUAUCUUCUGUCAUGGACUCUUCUUGAGGCUAUGGCUGGUGAGGUUUGGUUGGGCUGUGGGCUGGCUGUGGUGGGAGACCACUGUAAUUUGAGUGAAUCGUUUGUUUGAGUGCUACUUUGACGUAUCAUACCACGAAUGAUUCGGCGUAUAGAGGCUGAUUAGUACAGUAGCGCAUGUGCGCAGCCCACUGUUGCAGUUUUAUAUUGGCAUAGAGAAGAGAAGAAAACAAUUAGUGAGCCAAUCAUCCUCUAUCAAGGACGAUGGAUCAAGAUAGCUGCUGACCACACCGGCCGGCACCAGUGAAGUGAUUGCCUCGCCAUUCUCAUGCAUGAUCAUCAUCAUAUAUGGCUGGCUAAUGCGCACAAUCGAACUCAAAUGCACACCGGACCAUGAGGGCCCUUCUUCACAUGUGCAAUCCCCAUGUCCAUGUGAGCAGCAGCAGAUGCUUCGUCCCCGUCGUGUCCCUCAUGCUCCUCGCUGCUCUUCUCGCGGCUUCCAACCUGCUGUGCACCACCUUCCCACACCCAUGGCGCGUGUUUUCUUCUCACCUUCACACAGGAUCACGACCUGGCGAGGGCGGGGGCUGCGACAUCUUCAGGGGCGACUGGGUGCCCGACCCGGACGCGCCCUACUACACCAACGACACCUGCUCGGUCAUCCACGAGCACUACGACUGCAUGAGGUUCGGCAAGCCCGACCUCGGCUUCGUCAACUGGCGGUGGCGCCCCGACGGCGACGGCUGCGACCUGCCCCGCUUCGACCCGGCCCGCUUCCUCGCCCUGAUGAGGGGCAAGACCAUCGCCUUCGUCGGGGACUCCCUCGCCAGGAACCACAAGGACUCCCUCAUCUGCCUCCUCACCAGAGUCGCGGAGCCUACGACGAGCUGGCCGAGCAGCAAGCACACGGUGUACCACUACGGCGAGUACAACUUCACCGUGGCCAGCUUCUGGGCGCCGUACCUGGUCCGGCACGAGCAGAUCGACGACGACGGGCCGGCGCACACGGGCCUCUGGAACCUCCACCUCGACGAGGCGGAGGACGUGUGGGCGGCGCGCAUCCCGGAGCUCGACUACGUCGUCGUGUCGGCGUCGAGCUGGUUCUACCGCCCGUCCAUACUGUACGAGGCCGGCCGGCUCGUCGGCUGCCACUACUGCCAGCUGCCCAACGUCACGGACCUCACGCCGCGGUACGCGCUGCGCAUGGCCACGCGGGCCGCGCUGGGGGCGCUGUCCGGCGCCGACGGCCGGUUCCGCGGCACUGCGCUGCUGCGCACCGUGGACCCAUCGCAGUACGAGGGCGGGCAGUGGAACAGCGAGAACGGUAACUGCGUGCGGACGGCGCCGUCCCGGCGCGGCGAGAAGAGGGUCGAGGGCUUCGAGCGCGACUUCCGCGAGCUGCAGCUGGAGGAAUUCGCGGCGGCGGCGGAGAGGGCAGCGGCGGGCGUCAAGGUGAAGAUGAUGCUGAUGGACACGACGGAGGCGAUGAUACUGCGCGCGGACGCGCACCCCAGCAAGUACCGCGGCUGGACGCCGGAGAAGCACUUCACCCUGUACAACGACUGCGUGCACUGGUGCCUGCCGGGGGCCAUCGACACCUGGAACGAUAUGCUGCUCCAUAUGCUCAACUCUACUGCAUAAAAUAACAUGAGUGAUCGAUCGAUAAUAAAUAUAUAGUGUACUUCAGUUGGAUUAUAAAUCAGCAAGCAAUAUAUAGCAAAUACUGCCCUGCUAUAUGUAGAACCCAUUUGACUAUCGAAAAAAAAUGUAAAACCCAUUUGUACAGCUACUUGUAAAAUGGCUGCCGUAUGUCAAGAGUGCA